AUGCUCCAACACCUCAUCAUUUUUUCCCUUGGAUUAGUUGGACAGAGUUUCUGCUCCCUGGCUGGAAUUACAGGGCAGGCAAACAGAUGUGAUAUUAAGUCUUUCAUGACAAUCAGAACUGAAUGCCGAUCCUGCCCACUCAACUUUGGAACCAAGUGCCCAGAUGGGUUUGUCAAGAUUACCAAUGGCUCUGUAGGGGUUCGAGACUGCAGGUACACAUUUGAGGUCAGAGGCUACUCUCGAGCUCUCCCCGGAUGCCGCCAUAUCUGUAGGAAGGACUACCUCCAGCCUCAAUGUUGCCCAGGAUACUGGGGCCCAGACUGCAUGGAGUGCCCCGGAGGAGCCUCGUCCCCCUGCAACGGCAGAGGCAGUUGUGCUGAAGGCAUGGAAGGCCACGGAAGCUGUUCCUGCCACGGAGGAUUUGUAGGAACAGCCUGUGAAGCCUGCGCUGAUGACAACUUAUUUGGACCAAACUGUUCGUCAGUGUGCAACUGUGUCCAUGGACAGUGCAACAGUGGAAUCCACGGCAACGGGGCCUGUGCGUGCGACUCCGCGUACACCGGGACCAACUGUAGCGAGCCCCUCCCCGAAUGUGCGGCCUUGCUCUGCCCGGAAAAUUCUAGAUGCGCACCUUCCGGUGAAGAUGAAGCCAGACUGCAGUGCAAAUGCCUUCCCGGUUACCGAGGCGAUGGAGCCCACUGCGCGCCCAUCAACCCAUGUUCACAAAACAUCUGCCACCUUCAUGCUCGCUGUACAUACCUGGGACCCAAUCAGCACAGCUGUACCUGUGAAGAAGGCUACCGUGGGGAUGGCCAAGUGUGCUUACCAGUAGACCCUUGCCAAGUGAGCUUUGGAGACUGCCCUACCAAGUCAACCGUGUGCAAGUAUGAUGGGCCUGGACAGUCUCACUGUGAGUGUAAGGAACAUUUCCACAAUUUUGUACCUGGAGUGGGGUGCGACAUGAUCGAUAUCUGUGAAUCAAAUAACUCCUGUCACAAGAAUGCGAACUGUACCACCAUCGCACCAGGCCAAACAGAGUGCAUUUGCCAGAAAGGCUACGUGGGAGACGGCUCGACCUGUUAUGGGAACCUCCUGGCCCGGCUCAGAGACUUAAACACUGAACCCAGAGGAAAAUGGCAGGGAAGAUUGACCUCUUUCAUCUCUCUCUUGGACAAAGUUUAUGCCUGGCCACUGAGCAACCUGGGACCGUUCACACUACUGCUGCCAACAGACAGAGGCCUGAAAGGAUUCAAUGUGAAAGAGUUGUUGAUGGACCCUGAGGCUGCUCGGUACUUCGUGAAAUCCCACAUCAUCGCUGGGCAGAUGAGCAUGGAGUGUUUGAAUAGCACAGACACCUUCUAUUCCUUGACGGGGAGGUCUGGGGAAGUCUUCAACCAGGAAAAGGACAAUCAACUUAAACUUAAACUCUAUGGAGGAAAAAAGAAGGUGAAAAUUAUACAGGGCAACAUGAUUGCUUCCAACGGGCUGCUGCACAUUAUCGACAGAGCCAUGGACAAGAUGGACCCCACCUUCGAAAGCAACACGGAGCAAACCAUCAUGGCAAUGCUACAACCAAGAUUCAGCAAGUUCAGAUCUUUGCUAGAAGAAGCCAACGUGGGACAUGCCCUAGAUGAAGAUGGGGUUGGUGGACCAUACACCAUUUUUGUUCCAAGUAAUGAGGCAUUAAAUAAUCUGGAGGAUGGCAUUCUGGAUUACCUCCUCACCCCAGAGGGAUCUCGGAAGCUUCUGGAACUCGUCAGAUACCACCUGAUCCCAUUUACCCAGCUCGAAGUGGCCACUCUCAUCUCCACCCCUCGCAUCAGGAGCAUGGCCAACCAAAUGAUACAGUUUAACAUAACCAACGACGGACAGAUUCUUGCAAACGGUGUGGCCAUGGAAGAAACGGAAGUGGCUGCCAAAAAUGGCCGAAUUUACACCCUGGCUGGAGUUCUCAUUCCUCCCUCCAUCGUCCCAAUCCUGCCUCACCGAUGUGAUGAAACCAAGCGGGAAAUGAGACUGGGCACCUGUGUGAGCUGUUCCCUGGUGUACUGGAGCAUGUGUCCGGCUGACUCUGAGCCCACAGCCCUGUUCACACACAAGUGCGUCUACUCCAGCAGAACCAGGAGCCUGAAGAGUGGCUGUGCCAGAUACUGCAACGCCACGGUGAAGAUACCCGCAUGCUGCAAAGGUUUCCAUGGACCCGACUGCAAUCCGUGCCCAGGAGGUUUCUUGAAUCCAUGCUCGGGAAAUGGCCAGUGUGCGGACGGCCUCAGUGGCAAUGGGACCUGCAUCUGCAAGACUGGAUUCCGAGGCUCUCAGUGUCAGUUCUGCUCCGACCCCAAUCACUACGGGCCUCGCUGUGACAAAAAAUGUCCGUGUGUUUACGGGACAUGCGACAACAGGCUAGACGGUGAUGGGGCCUGCCUCGCCGGCACCUGCAGAGAUGGUGCCGCUGGGAGGUUCUGCCACAAGCAGCCCUCUGCCUGUGGGCCCUCCAUGCAGUUCUGUCACAUCCACGCCACCUGUGAAUACAGCAACGGGACUGCCAGCUGCAUCUGCAAACCAGGAUUUGAAGGGGACGGAAUCCUCUGUACAGAGACGGAUCCCUGCGUGGGAUCAACCCCAGUGGGCUGCAGCCGCAAUGCAGAGUGCAUCCGAACCGGCCCGGGGACCCAUAGCUGUGUGUGUCAGCAGGGGUGGACGGGGGACGGCAGAGACUGCUCAGAGAUCAACAACUGCCUGCUGCCCGGCGCUGGGGGCUGUCACAGCAAUGCGACCUGUUUGUACGUAGGCCCCGGGCAGGCAGCUUGUCGGUUGGCGUCCUCGGGCAUCUGGAGCUGUGUUUGUCGAGAGGGCUAUGGAGGAGACGGCCUGCAGUGCUAUGGAGACGUAGCUGUGGAAUUGGCAUCUCUCUCUGGCGCAGCUAUAUUUAACCAGUGGAUCACGGACACUUUUGUACUGCCCAUGCUGUCGUCCACCUCAAACCUCACUGUCCUGGUGCCGUCCCAACAAGCGAUCGCAGACAUGGACCAAGAUGACAAAGGCUUUUGGUUGUCAAAGAGCAAUAUUCCAGCCUUACUAAAAUAUCAUACGCUCCUGGGCACAUACGGGGUGGCAGAGCUGCAGACACUAGCACCUUUGGACAUGCUGGCAACGUCUUUGCAGGGUAACUUUCUCCACCUGGCGAAAGUGGAUGGGAAUAUCACGAUUGGAGGCGCUUCCAUCAUCGAUGGUGACAAUGCGGCCACAAAUGGAGUGAUACACAUCAUCAACAAGGUUCUGAUUCCCCAGAGAAGUCUCAUUGGCUCCUUACCAGGCCUGCUGACCCGGCUGGAACAGAUGCCCGACUAUUCCAUCUUCCGUGGCUACAUCAUUCAACAUAACCUGGCCAGUGUCAUCGAGGCUGCCGAUGCUUACACUGUAUUUGCUCCGAACAAUGCUGCCAUUGAGAAUUACAUCAAGGAGAAGAAAGUGACUACUCUAAAAGAGGACUUACUCAAGUACCACGUGAUCCUGGAGGAGAAACUCCUGAAGAAUGACCUGCACAAUGGCAUGCACAGAGAGACGAUGCUGGGUUUCUCCUACCCCCUGGGGUUCUUCCUUCACAAUGACCAGCUCUAUGUAAAUGAUGCUCAGGUAAACUACACCAAUGCAGCCACGGACAAGGGGGUGAUCCACGGCUUGGAGAAAGUUCUGGAAAUUCAGAAGAAUAGAUGUGAUAAUAAUGACACGACUAUUGUUCGAGGCAAGUGUGGGAAGUGUCCCCAGAAGCCAAUCUGCCCACUCGGAACUAAACCACUGGGCAAUGAGACGAGGAGAUGCAUCUAUACUCUCUAUUUCAUGGGACGGCGAUCCGUGUUCAUUGGGUGCCAGCCAAAAUGUGUGAAAACUAUCAUUACAAGAGAAUGCUGUGCCGGCUUCUUCGGUCCUGAGUGUCAGCCCUGCCCUGGGACAGCCGGGAACGUGUGCUUCGGAAACGGAAUCUGCUUGGACGGAACGAACGGCACAGGCUCGUGUGAGUGUGGAGAAGGCUUCAGCGGGACAGCCUGCGAGACCUGCACCGAGGGCAAAUAUGGGAUCCACUGUGACCAAGCGUGUUCUUGUGUCCAUGGGAGAUGCAGCCAAGGGCCCUCGGGCGACGGCUCCUGUGACUGUGAUGUUGGCUGGCGGGGAGUGCGAUGCGACAGUGAGAUCACGAAAGACAACUGCAAUGCGGCAUGCCACACCAGUGCCAACUGUCUUCUCCUUUCCAACGGCACCGCCUUCUGCAAGUGUGCAGCCGGUUUCCAAGGGAACGGCACGGCCUGCACAGCAAUCAAUGCCUGUGAGGUCAGCAACGGAGGCUGUUCUGCCAAGGCCUAUUGUAAGAGAACCAUCCCCGGAAGCCGGCUGUGCGUGUGCAAGGCGGGCUACACUGGCGAUGGCAUCGUGUGCUUAGAAAUUAAUCCAUGUUUGGAGAACCAUGGUGGUUGUGACAGGAAUGCAGAGUGCACACAGACAGGACCCAACCAGGCGGUGUGUAACUGUUUGCCGACAUACACGGGAGACGGCAAGACCUGCACGCUUAUCAACAUCUGCCUGACCAACAAUGGCGGCUGUAGUGCCUUUGCUGUCUGCAACCACACCGGAGACCGUGAAAGGCCCUGCACCUGCAAGCCAAACUACAUUGGGGAUGGAUUCACCUGCCGCGGCAACAUUUACCAGGAGCUGCCAAAGGACCCCAAAACGUCCCAGUAUUACUUCCAGCUGCAGGAGCAUUCCGUACGAGAACUGGUGGAUCCCGGCCCCUUCACUGUCUUCGUACCUUUAUCGUCAGCCUUUGUAGAGGAUGCCCAGGUUAAUGACUGGAACACACAAGGCGUCAUGCCCCAGGUUCUUCGGUAUCAUGUGCUCUCCUGCAACCAACUGCUUCUGGAAACCCUGAAAUUGACCCCAAAUGUAACUUCUCUCCAAGGAGGCUCAAUUGGCAUCUCUGUCUCUCAGGGCACAGUGUAUUUAAAUAACAAGGCGAAGAUCAUAGCCAGUGAUGUCAUCACUACCAACGGAAUCAUCCACAUCAUAGACAAAGUGCUGUCUCCCCAGAGCCUGCUCAUCACCCCCAAAGAUGCCUCUGGAAGGAUUCUGCAAAAUCUUACAACAGUGGCAAAACUCCAUGGCUACACCAUGUUUAGCAACUUAAUACAGGGCUCGGACUUGCUGAGUCUUAUCACUGAUCCUAUCCACAUCCCAAUCACACUCUUCUUGCCCACGGACGAGGCUCUCCAAGCCCUACCCCCUCAACAACAGGAUUUCCUCUUCAACCAAAAGAAUAAGGUCAAGUUGAAGGAGUACCUGAAGUUCCACGUGAUACGAGAUUCCCAGGUUUUAGCAGUGGAUCUCCCCAGAUCUGCCGCCUGGAAGACCCUGCAAGGUUCAGAGCUGAGUGUGCAGUGUGGAGCGGGCAGCGACAUCGGCGAGCUCUUUCUGAAUGGCCAAGCAUGCAGAAUUGUGCAGCGGGGACUCCUAUUUGACCUGGGUGUGGCCUAUGGCAUCGACUGUCUGCUGAUUGACCCCACACUAGGAGGCCGCUGUGAUACUUUUACUAGUUUCAAUAUCUCGGGGGAUUGUGGAAGUUGUAUCAAUACUCCCAGCUGCCCAAAGGAGAGCAAACCAAAGGGUGUGAAGCAGAAGUGUCUCUACCACCUGCCCUUCAAGCGGAACCUGCCAGGCUGCCAGCAGCAGUGCUUCAUGGUGGUGCAGCUCCCCAGGUGCUGCAAGGGGUACUUCGGGCGAGACUGUCAGGCCUGCCCUGGAGGACCGGAUACCCCGUGCAAUAACCGAGGAGUGUGCCACGACCAGUACUGGGCCACAGGAGAGUGCCAGUGCAACAUGGGCUUCAACGGGACGGCGUGCGAGCUGUGCUGGCCGGGGAGAUUCGGGCCUGACUGUCAGCCUUGUGCCUGCUCUGACCACGGACAGUGUGACGACGGGAUCCUGGGCUCUGGGCAGUGCCUCUGUCAAACGGGCUGGACUGGCCGAUUCUGUGACACUCAAGAAGUCUUGCCCCCCGUAUGCACACCUGCUUGUUCUACUCAUGCCACCUGUAAGGAGAACAACACGUGUGAGUGUAACCUGAACUACGAAGGCGACGGGCGAACGUGCACAGUUGUGGACUUCUGCAAACAGAACAACGGGGGCUGUGCGAAGGUCGCCAAGUGCUCUCAGAAAGACACCAAGGUCACCUGCAGCUGCCCGAAGGGCUACAAGGGGGACGGUCACAGCUGCAUAGCGAUAGACCCCUGCGCGAAUGGCCUCAAUGGUGGCUGUCACGAGCAUGCCACUUGCACGAUGACUGCUCCGGGUCGCUAUACCACCGUUGGAGUGUUCCACUUACGCUCCCCACACGGCCAGUACAAGCUGACCUUUGACAAAGCCAAAGAAGCCUGUGCCAAGGAAGGUGCAACCGUGGCAACCUACAGCCAGCUCUCCUACGCCCAGAAGGCCAAAUACCACCUCUGUUCAGCGGGCUGGCUGGAGUCGGGGCAUGUUGCCUACCCCACAGCCUACGCCUCCCAGAAUUGCGGGGCCGGCGUGGUUGGGAUUAUCAACUAUGGAGUGAGAGCCAACAAGAGUGAGAUGUGGGAUGUCUUCUGCUACCGGAUAAAAGAUGUGAACUGCACCUGCAAGGUGGGCUAUGUGGGAGACGGCUUCUCGUGCAGCGGGAACCUGCUGCAAGUCCUGAUGUCCUUCUCUUCCCUCACAAACUUCCUAACGGAAGUGCUGGCCUAUUCCAAGAGCUCCGCCAGGGGCCGGGCCUUCCUGGGGCACCUGACGGACCUGUCGGCCGGUGGGACCCUCUUCGUGCCCCAGAACAACUGGCUAGAGAAAAACGAGACCCUGUCUGGACGGGACAUCGAGCAUCACCUCACCAAUGUCAGUCUCAUCUUCUACAACGACCUCGUUAACGGCACGGUCCUGCAAACCAGACUGGGCAGCCAGCUGCUCAUCACGUCCAGCCAGGACCAGCUCCAUCCGGAGACCAGGUUCGUCAACGGAAGAGCCAUCCUGCAGUGGGACAUCCUUGCUUCCAAUGGGAUUAUUCAUGUCAUUUCUGGGCCUUUAAAAGCACCCCCUGCCCCAGUGACCUCAACCCACACUGGCUUGGGACCGGGGAUCUUCUUUGCCAUCCUCCUGGUCCUCGGAGCGGUCGUGUUUGCUGCCUACUCUUACUUUCGGCUGAAGCAGAGAACGAUCGGUUUCCAGCACUUUGAGUCAGAAGAGGACAUCAAUGUGGAGGCCUUUGGCAAGGAGCAGCCUGAGAACAUCUCGAACCCCAUGUAUGAGAACACAACCUCAGCACCGCCAGAGCCCUCCUAUGACCCCUUUGAGGACUCUGAUGAGCAGCAGUUCAAGAGCAGCGACCCCCUCGGGGGGCUCUGAGGGCCAUGCACCCACUGGACAAGCGGAGCUUCCCUGAAGUCUCCCCACUGUGAAUCCUCCCCAUGAGCUGCCGUCAGGGAAUGUAAGGUGCUUUAAUGUCUUACAGUAGGAAGCACUCUGAAGCGAUACCUCAUCUCUUCGAUGAACCUCGGGGUGAUUGUUUUCUGGGGGUGAUGAACCACUCAGUACCAUAGUCCCUGUCACCCAUCUGCCCAGGGCACUUCUCCCUCCAGGGACCCUCCACCACUCCUUGUUUAGUUCCCUCUGAUGACCCCGCACUGUGGAAUUCUGCGAGCCUGUCGUAGGUCCCAGUUAGAUUGUAAGCUCCCCGUGGCAGGGACUUUGCCUCAUUCAUCUUUGUAUCUAAGCACCUGGCAUGGUGCCGGCACAUAAAAUGCGCUCAAUAAAUGUUGAUGCUGCAGAAACUAA